AUGAUGCAUUCCUGGAAUUCUUUUCUAUUCACUCUCUUGUCCUCAUUACUGCUUUGUACAUGCACUGCCGCUUCCGACUAUCAUGAGCAGUUGGUCCUGAAGCCUCUGCCGCAAAACUCCCUCCUAGCCAGUUUCAACUUCAAGUCGAAUACCUCUGUCGCCGCGUUUGAAGCGCACAACUUUCAAUUCUUUCCUCGAUCACUAGGACAGAUCCUACAGCAUGCAGGCACGCGAGAGCUACACCUGAGGUUUAGUCUCGGACGAUGGGACGCGGAAACAUGGGGAGCAAGACCGUGGGAUGGCACCAAAGAAGGGGGUACGGGUGUCGAGCUUUGGGCGUGGCUGGAAGCCGAGACGACCGAGGAAGCUGAUCACAAAUGGUUGACCCUGACCAAUGCGCUCUCGGGUCUCUUUUGCGCCUCGCUCAACUUUAUCGAUUCGACAAGGACUAUACGGCCUGUCAUGUCCUUUCGACCCGAAGGCAACCAUCCCAAUGCCACGCUCGCCAAUAUGCACCUACUUCAUGGCGUCUUGCCCAGAGAGGUUGUUUGCACCGAGAACUUGACUCCGUUUUUGAAGCUUCUUCCGUGCAAGGGCAAGGCUGGAAUUUCCACUCUACUAGAUGGUCACAAAUUGUUUGAUGCCUCAUGGCAGAGCAUGGCGAUUGAUGUACGACCAAUUUGCCCGGCUGGUCAAGAAUGUGUCUUGGAGAUUGAACAAACCAUUGACAUGGUCUUGGAUAUUGAAAGAUCUAAAAGACCAAGAGGCAAUCCUAUCCCUCGGCCGCCGCCCGGCCACGAGCUCAAGUGCGAUACAAGCAAGGAAUAUCAUGCCAGAGAUACGUGUUUCCCAACCGAAACUCUUUCUCCUCAGGAUUGGACCAUUUCGCAGGUAUUUGGCAAGUCCAUGAAGGGCACCUGUCCGCUGGCCAAUCCUGAUGUGCCUCCUGUCUGCGUCCAGGCUCCCCAUGAACGCCACGUCUUUACAUCCUCUGGGGUGACUGAGCUCAAGGUCAAGGACACUGAAAGAUGCUACUUUGUGCCGCCAGAGGACGACUUUGAGCUUGUCCUUCCCCACAUGCAGCACGACGACGACGCCAAUCUGCCUGCCACUGAAGAAUAUGUCAAGCCCGAGCGCCCCUUCUUGUACGCCGAGAGAAGUUUCACCGGACACGGACAGCAACGUGGCGGAGUUCAGACAAUCUUUACCAACCCCAGUCCAGAUGCCGAGGUUGAAUUCGUCUACUUGGAGAGUCUACCCUGGUUCAUGCGGAUAUAUCUGCAUACUCUACAAGCCCGCAUUUCUCACAAGACUGGCGUAGACAAGGGCAAAGCACUAGUUGACGAAAACAGUGUUAUCCAAGAGAUUUACUACCGGCCCUUUCUUGACCGAGAGAGGGGGACCCAGCUGGAGCUCAGGAUGCGGAUCCCACCAGCCAGUACCGUUUUCAUGACAUAUGACUUUGAAAAGACGAUUCUACGGUACACCGAGUAUCCUCCAGACGCUAACCGUGGUUUUGACGUUGCUGCUGCCGUCAUCACCAUUCUCCCUCCCACGGGGAAGACGAGCAACCUAAGGACGACGAGUCUGUUGCUCAAUCUCCCUACUCCGGAUUUCUCCAUGCCUUACAAUGUCAUCAUCUUCACAAGCACAGCAAUUGCACUUGCAUUCGGAGGCUUGUAUAACAUUCUUGUCCGAAGAUUUGUUGGCGGUGACGAGGGACCAGAGGUUAGUGUGGUAAAACUUAGGCGAAAGAUACAGGAAGCUGUAGGACGACUCAAGCUUAAACUGGCUAAACCAGCCACCAAGACUUUAGAUGUAGCCAUGGCACACGAAAAGGCUGGGGAAAAGGUGGACUAG